AUGCCUCCUAAAAAAGUCCUCAUUAUCCUCAGUGACGCGCACUCCUUCCCCCUGAAACGGAAUACCGGACACGAUGCUGGCAAGGUUAUCGAUCAGCCUUCCGGAGUUUUCCUCCAAGAGCUCGCAAAGCCGUUACAUAAAAUACUCAGCGCAGGCCACGAGGUGACAUUCGCCUCACCAAAAGGCCAUGAACCUGCCCUGGACCCAACCAGCCAAUCACUUGUUGCGAAUGCCGGCAAUUUCUACGAACGCCAACGGGAAAAUAAUCUUAUCGAACGAAUGAAGCGCGAGAACGGAUUCAACAACCCGCGACCAUUCAGCACCAUCAGUAACGAUGAGUUGACCACUUUUGCGGCUGUCUUCAUCCCAGGUGGACAUGCACCGCUUCGAGAUCUUGGAGGAGAUGCGGAGCUCGGACGGAUUCUGCGUUAUUUCCACCAGGAGAACAAGCCUACAGCUGUGAUCUGCCAUGGACCUUAUGCCCUAUUGAGUACGAAGAAAGCGGGUGAUGGCUCCUUCGUUUAUAGUGGGUAUAAGAUUACGUCGUGGAGCGAUGCGGAAGAGAAUCUAAUGGAGACCUUGUGGGGUGGGGAGGUCGAGAAGGUUGAGUCAACGUUGAGAAAUGAAGGUGCGGUGAUGGUUGAGGGUGUAUAUGAAAAGACUGGUGGUACCACAUUGCAUCGGGAGCUGGUCUCUGCAGGAAAUCCUUUGGCGGCGAAUGCCCUUGGUGACCGGUUUGUCAGAAUGAUCAGUGUAUAA